AUGUUUAUGGCUAAUUUGUUAAAUAUUAUUGCUAUAGAUCAUACAUUUGAUAAUGCGAAUAAAAUCGAAGGCGAGAACUUUACUGACUAUUUAGGACAAAAAUAUGGACAAAUUACUGAUUCGUCACAUAAUCUCGUCUGGUUUUUACAGAUCUCAGAUAUCCACCUAAGUAUAUUUCGAGACCCAGGAAGGAUAUCACAAUUUCAACAAUUUUGUGAUAGCACUGUGAAAACUAUAAAACCUUAUGUUGUAUUAGCUACUGGAGAUCUUACUGAUGCAAAAACAAAAGAUAAUCUCGGAAGUUCUCAAGUUAAAACAGAAUGGAUAUAUUAUUAUAACAUUAUAGAAGAGUCUGGAGUCACCAAAAAUACUACAUGGUUAGAUAUAAGAGGAAAUCAUGACAAUUUUAAUAUUAGAACAAUAAAUUCACCAGAAAAUUACUUCAAACACUAUUCUGUACAAGGAGGAGUUAAUCCUAAAUCUUAUGUUCAUAUUAUAGAUCAUAAUGGAGUCAAAAUUGCAUUUCUGGGUAUUGAUGCAUGCCCUGAGCCAGGUUUGCGACGACCUUUUAAUUUCAUUGGUAUUUUAGACAACCAAGAACAAGAAAAUAUAAGAAAAUUAAAAAUUGAAGCAGAGACUAAUGCUGAUCAUGUCAUUUGGUUUGGGCAUUACCCAACAUCAUGUAUACUAGCAUUAGCAAAUGACUCACGGAAAUUGGAUUUGCGAGAACUAAUUGGUAGUUUUGGAGGAUCUCAAGUGUAUGUGUGUGGCCAUUUACAUUCUAUGGGAGGACUUAUCAAAAGAAUGUAUACCAAACAUAAGAAAGGGUAUCUGGAGCUUGAAUUGGGUGAUUGGAAAGAUAAUAGAAUGUAUCGCUUGGCAGCCAUAGACCAUGGGUUAUUUUCCUUUGUGGACCAAAGACAUAAUACUUGGCCUAUAGUAUUGGUGACAAAUCCAAAACAUGCUAAAUUCACUUUACCUGGGCGGGAACCACUUCAGCUAAUACCUGAUUCAACACACAUUCGAAUAUUAGCAUUUAGUGAUGUGAAAAUAAAUAAUGUAAAGAUAUCUUUUGACAAAAUAAGUUGGCUAAAUUGUAAAAACAAAGAUGGACCUUUGUAUACUUGUUAUUGGUUACCACAUUUGUUUGAGAGUGGGUUACAUAUAUUGCAUGUAGUAGUGACUGAUGAAAUUGGCAGAGAGGCAGUUUUAGAACACCCAUUCUCAUUAGAUGGCACUAAAUUGUCAUUUGAAGUUAUACCAAGGAUAGUGCUCAUGUUGGAUGCUGGCAUGGUGUUUCAGGGAGUGUUUGGGACGCUGCUAUUAAUGCAUGUGCUAACAUUGGUAGUACUGAGGCUUCAUAAGAGGUCGCCUAGUCAUAGAAAAUAUGGUCAACUGAUAUUGAGAUUUUGGUUGUUGGCUAAAGUUGAUAGAAUAUUCUAUCCCCUUGUGCUGUAUGCUAUAUACAUACCGUUUGGACCUUGGGCGAUUGGAGAACUCAUUGAUGGUCAUAUUGGGGCCAUUUUUGCUUGGGGCAUACUGAUCAAAGGAGUAUUUCUACCCGAACCAUUCACAUAUAUGUAUGGCAGUGUGCAAUUGAUGUUCGUCCAAAUACCUCUAAUGUUUAUUUUAGCCAACUGCUUAGAAAUGAGACUGGCACAUUGUAAUCUAAAAGGCUUUAGAGGACUUCUUAGAAAUUUGCCAUUUAUUAUAUUACUUUCAAUACAGUCAUUAUUGGCUUACUUUUUCUGGCUGGAAUAUGGAACAUUAUCAUUUCUGUUGAGUCCAUUAAGAACAUGGAGUAUUGGUUUGAGUGUUACAUUGUGGUAUAAAAUAUUGACGCUGCCACAUGAAUAUGGGAGAUAUCUAGCCAGAUUGAGCAGAGUGGCG